UCGGAGCCCCGGAAGUGUUACCUGGAGGAGGAGUUAAAGGGCCGGGGAGGUCAGGCAGCUUUGCAGUGCUGGUGUACGGAGAGCAGGCAUGGAAAUCACCAGGACAAAUUUUAAGGAACAGUUGCCAAGUAUCUAUCAAGCUAUUGAAGAGGCAGACUUUUUGGCUAUUGAUGGAGAGUUUUCAGGAAUAAGUGAUGGUCCAUCUGUUAGCACUUUAACAAAUGGCUUUGACACACCAGAAGAAAGGUACCAGAAACUGAAGAAGCACUCUAUGGACUUCCUGCUGUUUCAGUUUGGUCUAUGCACGUUUAAAUACGAGAAGGCGCAAUCAAAAUACAUUAUCAAAUCCUUUAAUUUUUAUGUUUUCCCGAAGCCAUUCAACAGAAAUUCUCCAGACAAGAAGUUUGUUUGUCAGAGCUCAAGUAUAGACUUUCUGGCCAACCAGGGUUUUGAUUUUAAUAAAGUGUUUCGUAAAGGAAUUCCAUAUUUAAAUCAGGAGGAGGAGCGUCAACUCAGAGAACAGUAUGAGGAGAGACGCUCACAAGCAAAUGGUGCAAGCGCAUUAACCUACAUCUCUCCCAAUACACCUAAGACUCCAGUUUCCAUUCCAGAUGAGCAGAAAGGUUUUGUUGAUAAAACAGUUGAGCGCGUGGAAGCUUUUUUAAAAGAUGAAGAGCAGAAAAUUCUAGAAUUGGAACCAUGUACAAGCUAUCAAAGGAAGCUCAUCUACCAGACGCUGAAUUGGAAAUAUCCACGAGGGACCCAUUUGGAAACUGUCGAAUCUGAGAAGAAGGAAAGAUACAUUGUUGUUAGCAAAGUUGAUGAAGAGGAACGAAGGAAGAAAGAGCAGGAAAAGCAAGCAAAAGAGCAGGAAGAGCUUAAUGAUGCUGUAGGGUUUUCAAGAAUUAUUCAUGCCAUUUCAACCUCUGGUAAGCUUGUGGUUGGGCACAAUAUGCUUCUGGAUGUUAUGCACACAAUACACCAAUUCUUUUGUCAGUUACCUGAUGAAUUAAAUGAGUUUAAAGAAGUGACAGCUACUGUAUUUCCAAGAGUCCUGGAUACCAAGCUUAUGGCAACUACACAACCUUUUAAGGAAAUUAUUUAUAACACAUCCCUUGCUGAAUUGGAAAAGAGAUUAAAAGAGGCUCCUUUCAAACCUCCUAAAGUUGACAGUGAUGAAGGCUUUCCAAGCUACAACACAAGCUCAGAGCAACUACAUGAAGCUGGUUAUGAUGCCUACAUCACAGGACUGUGCUUUGUAUCAAUGGCAAACUACCUAGGUUCGUUUUUGAGUCCACCAAAAGGGCACAUAUCGGCCAAAUCAAAUCUCAUCGGUCCAUUUUUUAACAAGUUAUUUUUGAUGAGGGUUAUGGACAUUCCUUAUCUAAAUCUGGAGGGACCAGACUUGUUGCCUAAACGAGACAAUGUCCUUCAUGUAACUUUUCCAAAAGAAUGGAAGACCAGUGACCUUUAUCAACUAUUCAGUGCUUUCGGUAAUAUCCAAGUGUCAUGGAUAGAUGAUACAUCAGCAUUUGUGUCUCUUAGCAAAUCAGAUCAAGUACAAAUAGCUGUUAACACCAGCAAGUAUGCAGAGAGCUACCGUAUACAGACGUAUGCUGAAUAUUUUGAAAAAAAGAACCAAGACUCCCACGCUAAAAGAAAAUGGUCUGAAGAUGGCUGGAAAGAUCUGGAAAGGAAGAGAUUAAAAACCCACUACACUCCUUACAUUCCACCGAACCCAAGAGAUUUGUAUACAAACAGCUUUGCUACAAGCUUUGUUGCAAGGAGAAGUAUGAGUCCGAUACAAGAAGAAGCAGUCGCUGAAGAUUUUGGUGAUCAAGGCCAGGAAGGUGAAGGUUCUGCUAACCCUGCAGCAUCAGAAGCCAAAAAGAAAACUAAAAAUCGCAAGCGUCAAAAAUUAGAAACCGAUCCAGCAGAAUUUGGGAACCACGGCUCCACUGUCCUCUUUGAAGUUCCGGAGACCUGGUAGCAGCAAUGAUCAUAUUGUAACUGAAAACUUGAAAGCCAUAUUUUAAUUUCCUUUGUUACGUUGAUGUGCCCCAGUGCAGAUUAUACUCUCCCUCCCUGUGACUGUAUAAACUUCUUAUAUGAUGGCAUGCUUUCCAAAAAGCACAGAUCAUCUUGUAUGAUGCGCAGAACUGAUUGUGCUAGGUCUAGCUUCUCAUAUGAAAUUUCAUUUCUAGUGAGCACGUGUGUAAGAAUGUUGGAUGGUGGUUUGCGCAUCUUCUAAGCAGUCUUCUUUUUUUCCAGUAGUCUUGUUUCUGUAAAGAGUAGAACAUCAACCAGUCAAUGUGAUUUUUUUUUUUUUGUGACGCGAUGCUGAUUCUUUGCUUUUUACUGGGUAAAUUUGCCAUUUUUGAAAAACAAUGUAAACCUAUCCACUUAUUUAUAUUUCCUCUUCCUCUAUUCUCGGCUUCAGAUCUGUGUUGCAGGCUUUCAUUUCCACUGGAUUAAACCUUCAUACAACAGUCAUUAAAUUAUUGCAAGUGACUACUAUAGAUGGCGUAAAGUUUACUAAAACUGGAAAAGACCAUCUGGAGCAGCUGUGCAGGGUAAACAAUCUGCUAGUUAAGCUUUGAAAUGAGAGCUAGAAGCUGACUGGUUGCCAUGCACUGCCGUUUCAGAGUCCAUCUGCUUCAGUCUUGGUAGAUUUUUAUUGGCCUGUUUCGACCCUAAUUACCUGUUAAUCUGUCAGUUAAUUUUGCAAGUUUAUUUUAUAUUUAAGCAUAUGAUGCAUUUAUCUUUGCUUAAACCUAAAGAUGUGAAAGGUGUUUUGGGUCGAUUGUGAAAUUUGUUACAGAACUUUAGCUAUUGGAAGUGGUGCCUUUAAAGGACACUUUCUCAUAUGAUUUGAAAAUAUGAAGUGAGCCAAGGCUAGUAUAAAAUUAAUCUUAAUGUCUAUUCUCCUGCUGUUUGAGUAACAUGACUGAAAUUCCUAACACGACUAUUCUUGAUCUGUUUAUUUCAGAUUAGGGAGGAAGGUAGCUGCAAGGACUUGACCUGCGACAAACCGUUUAGAUUUAGGAAAUGGGAGCUAGCUGGCAAUUUAGUGUAAGUCUGCCUCACAGUCGCUUCUACAGACAGCCUCAAAAUAUUUAAAUGGGGUUCUCAGGGUAUCAGUUAAUCAAAAAUAUAAGGGUUUGGAUAUUUAGAAGGGGGGAAAAAAAACCUUCUGAUCCCAUUAAGAGCAGAUCAGAAUAUAGUGCCUGAUUUUUAAAUCUGAUGGGGGGGGGGAGAAACCAAAA